AUGGUGGCCUGUAGGAGUAGUGGGGAUGCGAGUGUUAUGUGGUCGACGACGGCGAACUGCAUUAGGGAGUGUGUGAGGGAGGUCUUAGGGGUCUCAAAGGGUUAUUCUGGCGGGCACAUAAGAGAUUGGUGGUGGAAUGAAGAGGUUCAAGGAAAAGUGGAAGCAAAGAAAGCGGCAUACUUGAAGUUAGUGGAGAGUACAUACGAGGAGGAGAAAAGAGCGAACAAAGUAGAGUAUAAGAAGGCUAAGAAGGAGGCGAAGCUUGCGGUCACUAAUGCUAAGAUUGCAGCAUUUAGUCAUUUGUAUGAAAAGAUGGGGGACAAAGGCGGGGACAAGAAGUUUUUCGAGGGGAACAGAGACAUUGUGUUGGGUGAUUUGGAGCACUCCGAGAGAAGCCGUAAUUUUAGGUACUGUAGGCGCAUUAAGGUUGAGGAGGUCGUGGGUGCUAUGCGUAAGAUGAACAGGGGCAGAGCGACUGGGCCGGACGAAAUCGCGAUUGAAUUUUGGAGGGGUAUCAAGCUUUUUAGUCAUACUAUGAAACUGUGUGAGAGGGUGGUGGAGGCGAGGGAGAGGAGGCCAGUGUCUAUUUCUGAGAACCAAUUCGGAUUCAUGCCGGGUCGUUCAACUACGGAAGCUAUCCAUCUUACGCGGAGGUUGGUGGAACAGUACAGGGAUAGGAGGAAGGAUUUGUACAGGGUGUUUAUUGACCUAGAGAAAGCGUACGACAAGGUCCCAAUGGAAGUUCUUUAG